AUUAUGUAGCACAAAUGUUAUGUUCAACUAUUUUUUGGGGGGUCAUUAAAUCCAGAAGCCAUGGACUCCACAUUCUAAGGUGAAAUUUGUUCAAAUUGAGAACAGCUCCUAGGCAUUCCUGUCCAUGAUUACAUUGUUAAAAGAAAGGUAUUAGAAGCCAAAAUGUGAUAAAUUUGUGAAUUUGAAACCAAAGCUAAAUUUCAUACUUUUAUACCUCCCUAAUGAAACGCUUGAACUAUGCCAAAUGUGAAAUGACUGCAAGACCACAACAGUCACUCAAUCAAUGCUGUUUUGGCCAGCAUUGUCCAUGCACAUGGUCAGUAUUUAAAGGACAGUGGGCAUUGGUCAUUCCUUGGGUCAGUUUGAGCCAGGUGCAGAUUAGUGGACAGUCUCCCUGCUUCCGUUCUUUUAUGAUGUAUUUGGCUACUACAUAUAACCCACUUAUUGAUAAUCAUUUAUGAAAAGUUAAGAAAAAAAUUAUACAUGUAUCUGUAUAAAACUUAGGUUUUGUAUGCCAUUAAUAUAGGUGCUUGGUGAGGUCUAUUAUGGUAUAAUAAUGCAUGCUGUAGAAAUAUUGUAAUCUUAGCUUAAAUUUGUUACUGAAUUGUUUGUUACUUAUUCAGUCUGUUAGCAUUCACAGGAAUUCCAUACACUUCUCGAUGCCAUUCCAAAAAGUAAGCAGACAUGAUAAUACCAUUCCAGGCCCACAUAGUUGUAUAUGACAAUAACAAGGGAACAUAAUUGCAGAAUUCCAGUCAUCAAUUGGUUUAUAUUGUUGGUCUUUUAGAUGUUGUUGUUGAAAAGUGGUAUUCCUAUUUUUGCCAUGAGGAUUGAAUACAUUUUGGUUGGUUGAAAGUUGUUUGGUGCUAAUGGUACAGCAUGAUGAUAUAGGUUUAAAAAUUGCUUACCACAUUUUUUGUCUUUUGUCCAUUUUUGCUCUUGUAACUGAUGGUGUAAUUGAGAUAUUGUUUUGAUUUUCAGAAGAUGUUUCUUAUUAUUGAAGUUGAUCUUUUCCUCAUUAAAAUUUACACCUUUGUAAAUUUUUAAUUUUCAAGAUGUCUGAAAUUUUGAUACCCACUGAUGAUGCCAUAUGGCAUCCAGCUUAGACGUUAAAUAUUUAGACUAAAUGAUAUAGUGCUUUAUUUAGUGCCUAGUAACUUUUUAUUGUUUACGUAUUAGAUUAAUAUGCUUAACUAAUAUAAAUAUUCUGUAAAGUGGUUGGAAUAAUAUUAAAGCUGAGACCCAUGGGUAUACUAUCCAGUACACAGAAAAUGUUAAAAUGAUAUCACAUCACAUCUUAUUUUGUGAGUUUUUUAAAAGAAAUCCUCAGUUUAGAAUUGUCAUCAAAGGUCUUUUCACACCAAGUAUCAUAUAUCUUUGUGGUAUAGCUUAGAGAUUCUUCCCUGUUGAUCACACUUCAGGUUAUUGCAAUCCCUUUCCCAGUGUCGCUUUCCUGCUGUUUUAUUGGAAGUUGAUAAAUUGACUUAUGUCGAGCGCCAGGGCUUCGUUAAGGUCAACCCGUACAUAAUAUUCAGGCUAUAAACCUGACAAUCUAUUCAAAACAUAGCUUCGUUUGGGUCAACCCUUACAUAAUAUUCAGGCUAUUAACUUGACAAUCUAUUCAAAACAUAAAAGUACAGCUGUAUUGCAAAGAUUUAAUGUUUCGUGUGAUUUUUUUCAGUGAAAACCAGAGACCUGAAAAUAUUCUAUUUGAUCAGUAGAAUUAGUACGAGUUCUGUUUAACCAUUGGUGGGACAAAAAACAAAACACCAAAAAUAAUUAUGCAAUUCUGCAUACUAAGGUUUGGCGUUCCAUGGAAGGGAAUUAUUCAUACCAUGCAAGGUGUCUGGGCAAGAUGGAGGCAACGUCCAACCCAUAAUGACGGACGAAUGGAUCAGAACCAUUGCAUUCAGAAAACAGCGUGUAAAAUGGGCAUGUCAAAAACAUGGAACAGGUGCUCGAUCGCUGAAAGACCCACCUUUGAGUGAGGAGAAGAAAUAUAUCUGGGUGAGCGACGCCUUGCAGCUCGUCUUUUGCGAAGUCCCAAAGGCGGCAAGUACAAGUUGGAAAAAGUCCAUAUUACAAGCCCUUGGAGUUUAUAGGGAGAUAUCAUCCCUUAAUGUUCAUGCUUUCGACUUUCCAAAGUACCUGCGCCGGCUUGACACAUAUUCUACAAACGAAACGGAGUAUCGUUUGAAGAACUAUCUCAAGUUUUUUGUUCUCCGACAUCCUGCAGACAGACUGGUGUCUGCUUACAGAUCCAAAAUCGAGGUGUGGUGGCCCGGGAAACCCAGGGCUCUUGCAACCGUUGGGAAUUACGUAAGAAAGCAUUACCAGAACUUGCCAGAAAUCUACCCCACGGACGUUCCAUUUAAUGAUUCUGAACUGGUCAGGUACAUUGAAGAAAAGAACAAAACUGGGGAAGAAUUGUGGCGCAAUAGCCAUGUAUCUAAUGUCACAUUUCGCGAUUUCAUACGUUACAUUGGCGACCAUCCGGUGACUACAGAUAAACACUGGACUCCUGCAUCACGUCUGUGUCACCCGUGCUUUAUUGACUACGACGUCGUCGCGUACGCUGAAACGUUGACGACUGAUGCGGCCAACAUUCUUCAACUCAUCGAAGCCGACACCACUUUGAAAUUUCCUGACAGCAACAGACAACCAUGCCCUCAAUGCUUGAGAACGUCAAAAAUGUUCGAACCUGUCUCAGAAGAAGAAAUGAGUCGCAUAAGGGAGAUAUACGAAUUGGACUGGGCGAUGCGUGUAGGAGAAACAGAUAUUGAAAAAUCACCUUGAUAUUUUCGAGAUUUAUUGAGCACACAGUGUUAUUGUUGCGAAAC